AUGUCGUCAUCGCCCGUCCAGACUGCCACCCCCGUCUCCGGUGAAAAGCGCAAGAGAGGCCGCCCACGGAAGUACCCCGAGGGCCAAGGUCCCCAGCCGACCCCCGGCCCCAAGAGAGGUCGCGGUCGUCCUCGCAAGGAUCCCAAUGCUCCUGGUGCGUCCGAUCUUACUCCUCUCGCCCCCGAAUUGGUGAAGAUCCGGGGUCCGAUUGUGCGCGUCUAUACUAAUCGGAUAGACACUCCCUCCAAGCCCAACACCCCCCGCGAUGGGAAGCGACCGGUAGGACGACCGAGGAAAAGCGUGAACGGAGCCGACGUGGCGCGCCAGUCCAAGUCCGAGUCCGCGGACGCCAAGGCCGACGAGCCCAGCUGCUCAUACUGGCUCUUGAAGGCCGAGCCCGAGUCUCGCAUGGAGAAGGGCGUCGAUGUCAAAUUCUCCAUCGAUGAUCUGCAGGCUUGCACCAAGCCGGAGCCGUGGGAUGGUGUGCGGAACCCCGUCGCACGAAACCACAUCCGUGAAAUGAAGAAGGGCGACCUGGCCUUCUUCUACCACUCCAACUGUCGAACCCCCGGAAUCGUGGGUGUGAUGGAGAUUGUGCAGGAGCACUCGCCGGACGAAUCUGCCUUUGACCCCAAGCACCCGUACUACGACGAGAAAUCGAACCGCGACGAGCCCAAGUGGUCCGUGGUCCACGUCGAGUUCCGCCGCAAGUUCGACAACCUGAUCUCCCUGACUGACCUCAAAGGUCACUCCGCCCCGGGUGGGCCGCUGGAGAACCUCCAGGUACUGAAACAGUCCCGACUGAGCGUGUCCCCCGUGUCAGCCAAGGAGUGGAAUUUCAUCCACAAACUGGUCGAGGAAGCUUCCGGGUCCACCGACGGCGCAGGCAGCGCGGAGGAAUCCAGUGAGUAA